AUGGAGGCUUCGGCGGGCGGCGGGGCCGGCGGCGCGGCGGGGCGGCGCUGGUAUUUCACCCGCGAGCAGCUGGACCGCAGUCCCUCGCGUCGCGCUGGUCUUGACCCUGAUAAGGAACUCUCGUACCGGCAGCAGGCGGCCAACCUGCUGCAGGACAUGGGGCAGCGACUCAACGUCUCGCAGCUGACCAUCAACACAGCCAUUGUGUACAUGCAUCGCUUCUACAUGGUGCAGUCCUUCACCCAGUUCCACAGGAACUCGGUGGUGCCAGCAGCUCUGUUCCUGGCAGCCAAGGUGGAGGAGCAGCCUCGGAAGCUGGAGCAUGUAAUCAAGGUAGCAAAUGCCUGUCUGCAUCACCAGGAAACUCCUCUGGACACCAAGAGUGAGGCUUACCUGCAACAAGCCCAAGACCUGGUCAUUCUAGAGAGCAUAAUACUGCAGACCCUGGGUUUUGAGAUCACCAUUGACCACCCCCACACCCACGUGGUGAAGUGCACCCAGCUGGUGAGAGCCAGCAAGGACUUGGCCCAAACUUCCUAUUUCAUGGCUACCAACAGCCUGCACCUGACCACCUUCAGCCUGCAGUACACCCCCCCGGUUGUGGCCUGUGUCUGCAUCCACCUGGCCUGCAAGUGGUCCAACUGGGAGAUCCCAGUCUCCACGGAUGGGAAGCACUGGUGGGAGUAUGUUGAUGGCACAGUAACUCUGGAGCUCUUGGAUGAGCUGACUCAUGAAUUCCUGCAGAUUCUCGAGAAGACUCCCAGUAGGCUGAAACGUAUCCGGAACUGGAGGGCCUCUCAAGCAGCAAGGAAGUCGAAGCCUGAUGAGCAUGGGGAUGAUGAGAGCCUGUCAGAGCAGACCAUCCUAAACAUGAUCUCCAGGAACAACAGCUCAGACAUGAACAUUGCAGGACUCAUGAGCAUGUCCACCUCCUCCACUGCCGCAGCUGGGCCCCCUCUGCCAGCCUCCUCUGACUCACCCAGCAACCAGGCCACAGCAGAUAAGUCCCAGCCUGACCACUGGCAUCCUCCAGCCAAGCUGGAGCUGGGCCAAAGCCAUAGGACUAACGAGAGCUGCUCCUCCUUGUCAGCCCCUGAGCAGCAGCAGCAGGAUGGCUACCAGAAGCCAGGUGGCAAGAACGCACCAGCGGCCAAGGUGUCACUGAAGGAGUACAGAGCCAAGCAUGCAGAGGAGCUGGCAGCACAGAAGAGGCAGCUGGAGAACAUGGAGGCUAACGUCAGGUCCCAGUAUGCCUACGCUGCCCAGAACCUGCUGGUGCAGCAGCAGAGGGAGAGGGAGGUGCAGCAGGAGGCCGCUGGCGGCAACCCCUCUGCCAUCAUCCUCAAGCUCCCUCUGGGUGCUGCCGACAACCCCGAGCGGCCUCCCAGCGGCCCCGAGAAGGCUGACAAAGCUUCAGCUCUGAAGCUGAGGAUCCCAGUGGCCGGUGGGGCUGGGGAGAGGCCUCUGCCCUGCAAGCAAGAGGAGAUCAAGAUGCGGAUCAAGGUGCCAGGCAGCGGUGACAGGCACAGCUCCGCCGAGGAGGGCAGCACCAAGGGCCGUGAGCACAAGGAGAAGCACAAAGGUCAUGCUGCCAACCACCACCACCACCACCACAACCACCACUCUCACAAACACUUGCACACAGCCCAGCUGGCUGCCGGCCCCAGCAGCCUGCCCAGCAAGAGGCCAAGUGACUCCAAGCACGGCAGCCAGCCUGGCACUGUGCCCCACAAGAGCUACGGGCCCUUGGCCGCCUCCCGCAAGCGCCAGCUGCCAGAGGAGGUGGUGGCUGCUGCCACGGCUGCCCACGAGCACCAACCCAAAGUCAGCAAAGCCUCCAAGGGCCCUGGGCUGCCCUUCCCUUACCCACACCUCCCCGGGACUGCCCACCUGGCGGGGCACAGCUCAGAUCCAGGCAACGUUCCCCUGCCUCAGGCUACCAAAGCCCGGGGUGGUACCCACAGCAAAUUGGACAAGGGCCCCCCCGGGGCCAACGGGCAUAAUGCCAGCCAGGCCAGUGACUACCAGGAUACAGUCAACAUGCUGCACUCACUGCUGAGUGCCCAGGGCAUGCAGCCCACCCAGCCCCCUCACUUUGAGUUCCACUCAUAUGGGCAGCUGGGCACAGCCCGGGCUGCCAGCAGCUCCAGAGCUGCCACCACCACGGACAAGCCCAGACCACCCCCGCUGCCCUCAGAACCACCUCCUCCCCUCCCUCCCCUCCCCAAAUAAAAUU